AAACUAUGAAUAGAUCUGACCUUUUAAUUUUGAUAGAAAAAAAAUGUUUUCUAAAUUAUACUAAUCGUACGGCUGUGAAUUAAUACUGGCCGGUUUAGUUGUCAAUGCAAACGUCAGAUCAAAACCGUUCUGGUGAACUGAAACAAAAAGCAUGACUGUUGUUGUAAGUAAGAUUCGCUGAUGCUUAAACACUCUCUGUUCACAUUCAGAUCAGAAUAUUAAAAUGUAAUGACUAGUUUACCCUAAGCUUGUUACACUGUCUAACAAAAAUUUGUCUAGGGUGUUAUCGUCAUUUGGACCAUCUACUCGUUUUUUUCAAGCAGUGGCUUUUUCUUUUUUUUUUGGCUAUAAAUUUUCAUUUUGUGUUUUUGUUUGGUCCCCUUUUGCUUUAAUAAAAAACUUUAGUACAACGAUCGAGGAAGACUUUUUGCCCUUUUCAGACUGGCGACGCUUUCUCUGAAAUUUCUGUUUUUCUUUCUUUUUUUUUGCUUACGUUCACACUUACAUUUAGUUACAUUGACAUUAAAAAUCAGUUAAUUAACCUUCCAAGAAACUAUCCAUUUUCACAUAAUAAAGGACCUCGCACGAGUGUUUAUUUGUUGUUUGUUAAAUACUUAAAACUAAAUAAAUGUCGUAAUUCUUGUUGAGUAAGUCAAUGGGUGAGACUGGGAAAAUGAUUUCUCUUUUGCCAACAUCUAAUGAUGAUGUUUGGGUUUUGCUUGUAUGGGGGAAGAAUAAAAUGGAAUGAUUCAUUGUUUGACUAUAAAAUGCCAAAAAAAAAAUCAUUCUUCUUUUCUUUCUUAUUUGCAUUUGGAUUUUCAACUUAUCAAUGAUGGUGUCAUCUUGUUCGUGCUCACCAGCUUGUGCACUAGUAAAGAUUGAUCUCAAACAAACAAAAUCAUUGUUCUAUGCUUUCUUUCUUUAUUUCUUGGGAUGCAAACCAACGGAUCGAAUGGAACUCAUGAAUGGUUCCACUUCAGCGAGUCCAUGCUCAUCGUACCAACCUAGCCCUCGUGGCUCCUACAAUCCAAGCCCUUCAUCUUCCUCAUUCCCUAGUCCUACAAACCCAUUUGGUGAUGCUAACUCACUUAUCCCUUGGCUCAAGAACCUCUCUUCAAACUCACCUUCCAAGCUUCCUUUCUUCAAUGGAAACUCUAUAAGCGCUCCCGUGACUCCACCAUUGGCUCGAAGCCCUACUUAUGAUCAAGUUACAAUCCCUGACUCUGGAUGGCUCUCUGGAAUGCAAACCCCACAGAGCGGACCAUCUUCUCCUACUUUCAGCUUGGUUUCGAGAAACCCAUUUUUCGACAAAGAGGCUUUUAAAAUGGGAGAUAGUAAUUCACCAAUGUGGACUCCUGGACAAAGUGGAAACUGCUCUCCAGCUAUUCCUGCUGGUGUUGAUCAAAACUCUGAUGUACCAAUGGCUGAUGGAAUGGCGGCAGAGUUUGCGUUUGGAAUGGUGAAGCCUUGGGAAGGAGAAAGGAUACAUGGAGAAUGCGUUUCAGAUGAUUUAGAACUUACACUUGGAAACUCAAGAACCAGAUGAUGGUUUCAAAGAAGUAUCAACGGCGUUUGCUAUCUAUCAACUUUCUUAUCAAAUUAAUUUAUCUCUUACUUUCCUUUCCAUCUUUUGUCUGUUUUCUUUUUAAUUCAGUGUGAUGAUAAAAGGUGAUUGAGAGAAAAAGAAACACUUCGAACUCUUUUUUCUUGUGGUCUUUUGACUGAAGUUGUAGUUAAAUUUUAUUUCAUCUCUCCAUCUAAUCUAUUAAUUUAAGGUCCUA